AAAACUCCUCCCCCAUCAACAGUUGCGGACGUUCGAGUAGAACUCGAGCCACAUUGAAGAGGGACAAAAAAGCGACCAGAUAGCGGUUACUGCUCUCACUCCACUUUCUGCGGGAGUAGUCACGGGAUUUCAAUGUUCUGCCUGCUCUUUGGUUUCUGUGUUGAAUUGAGCCAUACCUAUAUGGCGUGUGUGAGUGGAGAAUUCUGCCAGGCACAGCACCGCAUCACUCUGGAGAAGUGAAUCGACGUAACGCUCAGGGACUACGCUGUUAAGAAACCCCCCUGACUGCCAUUGUACCAAGAACUGCUGAUUCUUCCAAAAAGGCCCCCCUGAGAUAUUGCAAAGUCCCUGGUGUGACUGUCCUGCACUGUCCCAUCCAGUACAAGAAAUCUUUGCUUUCUGCAGCUUUCUCCUCGAACAGCAAAUCGCACACAGCUCUCCUGAAUGGGCCGUCUCGCCAACAUGAACCGCCCCGCUGCAGUAGAGAUUACCUUAGGCUGCAUGAGAUUCCUCAUCACCCACAACCCCACCAAUGCCACGCUCAACAAGUUCACAGAGGAGCUGAAAAAGUUUGAGGUGAACACACUGGUGAGAGUUUGCGAUGCCACCUAUGAUAAAGCUCCCGUGGAGAAAGAGGGGAUACAGGUCCUGGACUGGCCCUUCGAUGAUGGUGCACCGCCACCUACCCAGGUUGUGGACGACUGGCUGAAUUUGCUGAACAACAAGUUUCGAGAGCAACCAGGCUGCUGCAUUGCUGUGCACUGUGUGGCAGGGCUUGGCCGAGCUCCGGUCCUGGUUGCCUUAGCCCUUAUCGAGAGUGGGAUGAAGUACGAGGAAGCGGUGCAGUACAUAAGGCAGAAGAGACGCGGAGCCUUCAACUCAAAACAGCUUCUUUACCUCGAGAAAUACAGACCCAAAAUGCGUCUGCGGUUCAAGGGCGACAACAGCCAGAACUGCUGUGUGCAGUAGGCCAUCUGUUAACGCAUCGUUCUAUGUGCAACUUAGUGGGCAAUCUUCCAACACAGGACACACAAAAAACCAAAUAUGGAGAGCUGUCAGUAAUUCUUGUGAUGAUUUGUUAACACUGAGUCAUUGGUUAGUUGAUCAGAGAGCAAGGAAGUGAACGAAUGAAUCCAGAUGUAGUGAUCCACCAGCUGAACCAAUGAAUGGAAGGUCAAAGCACACAGAUGGGCCCGCCUCCUGGUUCCAACUGCUCAACCACGGGCCUGAAACUUUUAUUAUUUUAUUUUUUUUUCUUCCAGCUUAAUUCCAUCCCCACUUGUAAUCAUGAGAACACUUUUCUAUUUUCUGACUUUUUACACACAAACGUACAGAAACGGUGGCUGGAUGGAACUCCCAUUGUACUUUCCUGUAAUUACUGCUAUAUUAGAGGACCAGAUUUGUUUUAACUUUUUAAACCAAAUUUUUUUGAACUCCAGCAGUUACCCCAACUGCCCUUGAUGAAUUUUUAAUUUUUCUUUUUCUUCAAACAUUCAAAGUUUCACCUGAAAAUGCAGCAAUGUCACUUUGAAUUUAGGGUUUCACUGAGUUUAGAAUAUAUCUGCAAUAUUUAUUCGAGCGUGUAAGAAAGUAUAAAGUCAUCCUGGAGUGCAAUAAAUUGGUCUACUUUACAAAAGCCCUGCUAACCAUUUUGCGCACACACACACACACACACACACACACACACGGUUGAAGACAGGACAGCAUUUGGCACUUCUUACAACAGGUACUUCCUCCUCCUUCAUGGGGUAACAGUAGGACUUUCCCUAAAACGCCAAUAAAACUUGUACACAGAGCUUAAGAUCCAAGCUGACAGGAGUGAUAGAGAAUAAAGAAUGACUUUUUUUUUUUUUUAUUGUUGUACCCAUUUUGAAGACAUCCUCAAUUCGUAUUGGUUCUUUAAAGUUGGAAUAAAUUAAAAUGAAAAGC